CCUACCUCCUUUUUCGAGGUGACCUUAAACACCGAUCUACACACGCAUUUGGUGCGCUCCGUAUGUGUGAUCGUUUUUAAUUCGUACAUUUCAUACCGAGUUGAAAGUGUAAUUCGUGAUUGCGGUGUUGUGCAAUUACUAGGUUGUUCCCAAUUUAGGGUGUCGCCGGUUAACCAGUUACGUUUUGUCCCCUGUGUGGUGCGCUGCGUCUGAUAAGAGAUACGCUGAACGGUUUUUAUCGGUCAAUCCUGUUGCUAGCGACCCGAACAGGAAAGUGCACUUGAAUUGCUCCAAAAAUUGGUUUCGAUCGAAUAAUUUUCACCCCACUACGGAAGGAUGCCGUCGGACGUGAAAGAAUUUCUACGUCAAGCUGCGAUGCAAGUUGGUGCCGGUGGUUCGGCGGGGUUCGUGGAAGUGUGCAUUAUGCAUCCGUUAGAUUUGGUCAAAACCAGACUUCAGCUGCAAGCUAGGCCAGCAGCAGGAUUACCUGCAUCGACCACCUACUACAAUGGCGUGUUUGAUUGCAUACGCAAAAUGGCCCAAUCGGAAGGGGUGCUCUCACUGUACAAAGGUAUCCUCCCGCCGGUCCUAGUCGAAACGCCGAAACGAGCGGUCAAAUUUCUUACCUUUGAGCAGUACAAACGAUUUUUUCUGUUCGGCUCCGACAAACCAACACCACUGACCUUUUCACUGGCCGGUUUAGGUGCCGGUGUGACGGAAGCUAUUCUGGUGAACCCCUUCGAAAUGGUGAAGGUAACGUUGCAGGCCAACAAAAACAAAAUGGGACAAGUGCCGAGUACGUGGGCCGUCACUAAGCAGAUCAUCAACGAGUCCGGCUUCGGAUUGAACGGGUUGAACCGCGGCCUUACCGCCACCAUUGGCCGCAAUGGAGUUUUCAAUAUGAUCUACUUCGGUUUCUAUCACAGCGUCAAGGGCAUUGUUCCGGAGUACAAGGAUCCCGUGAAAGAGUUUUUGCGCAAGGUGACCAUCGGAUUUGUGAGCGGAACACUUGGUUCGAUCGUAAACAUUCCCUUCGAUGUAGCAAAGUCCCGAAUCCAGGGCCCGCAACCUGUCCCCGGACAGGUGAAGUACCGCACCACGUUCGGCUCGAUGGCGAUCGUUGCCCGGGAAGAAGGGUUCGCUGCACUGUAUAAAGGCCUCACACCGAAGGUGAUGCGCCUCGGACCGGGCGGUGCCAUUAUGUUGGUUGUUUACGACUAUGUGUACGCAUUUCUGGACGAUUACUUCAAGUAGUUACACAACGGCAGGGAAUGAUGGAUCCCGCAAUUAGAAGAGAACCGCAUCGUUUACGCGUGUGAAUCAAAACAUCUCAUCUGACCAUUUCUGGACAGCGAUCUAUUUUUCGCUAUGGAGUCCCCAUGUGUUCCCAAAAACCAUGAAACAGUGGUUUAGGUGCAUUUCUUUUCUAAUUCUAAUGGAUUUUGUUACGGGUAUUCGGCGAUAACGAACAGAAACGGGUUCCUAUUACAGGCAUUUCGGAUUAAUUUGUUUGGAACUUUCUUCCAAUAUUAAUAAUAUAAAAUGAGUAUUUAGGAUGCAUGUAAAACAUGCUGACGCUGCGAGUUCCAUCUACAAAACUCAUCCAAUUUACAAAAAGAAACAAUCGUUUGAUACAAUUUGUACCGAAACUAGCUACUUCU